UCAGUCCCGUCGUCUUCCUCCAGGGGGCGCCGAGCCUCAGGCCAUGCGGCCAAACACUGUUGUGUAAAUCGUCGAUUGCCGAGUCAUGGAUAGCUGUUGUUUAACAUGCGCGCGACAAGGACAGCCACCGUAACAGCAGGAGUACAGAAACCUAGCAGUGCAUGACUUCUACUCUCAGCAGUCAGUCACGUUAUAAACUGUUCUUUGUGCUAAAGCUGUUUGUAGCCGACGAAGCUAUCCAACAGCCAGGCUAAUAGUUUUUAGCCGACUUGCUAGCUUGUCUGGAGUAACCUCUGUAACUGACAAGUGUUUGCGUCGUUGAGUUGACAGCAACAACCCUGGCAUAUACGCUGCAGCCAUGGUGUUUAUGCAGAGCUACUGCGAAGCCAAUUCCUCCAUUUCCCACACCUGGGUGGAUGAAGGUAUCGCCCCCUGCUUCUACUUCACACUAGUCUCCACCAUCCUGCUCACCCUCGCCUUCUUCCUCGGCACCAUCCACUGCAUAUUCUACCAGAAAUAUGGCACAGCAAUGGAGCCCAAGUUCAUCCCACGCUCUCGCCUCUACGGGUUCCAGCAGGCCAUCUCUAUCCUUCUCCUAAUCCAGUUUCUGGGUGAGAUGGUGUGGCGGGCCGCAGGCGGAGGAGAGCUCCCGGGCUAUGUGGUGCUGUACGGCUGCUUCUCCGUACUGGGCUGGGCCUGGGCCAUAGCCCUGCUCAGGGUGGAGAGACGCAGGGUCCUCGUGAUGGACCGGACAAGGGGACACAGCGCAGCCCUGCUGCUGUUCUGGGCUCUGGCUUUCUCGGCUGAGAACUUGGCUUUCGUCUCCUGGUACAGUCCUCGCUGGUGGUGGGGGCUGGAGAACAAUCAACAGCAGGUGCAGUUUGCCCUGUGGCUGAUGCGCUACAUUGGCACCGGGCUGCUCUUCUUCAUUGGUCUCAAAGCUCCGGGGUUGCCACGGAGACCAUACAUGCUGCUAAUAAACGAAGAUGAGCGUGAUGUAGAGAACAGUGGACAGAGCCUGUUGGGCACAACAGAAGAGAACCAGUCCACCUGGCAGGGUUUCAGAAAGAAGGUCCAUCUGCUUCUUCCCUACAUGUGGCCCAGAGGCAACAUCUUCCUCCAGCUGCUGGUCCUCCUCUGUUUAGUGCUGCUGGGAGUCGAGAGGGCUAUUAAUGUCUUUGUUCCCAUUUACUACAAGAAUAUUGUGAAUGAUCUGACUGAUGGCAGCAGCUGGCGCACUGUGGCCACUACAGUGUUUAUUUAUGUCUUGCUCAAGUUCCUGCAGGGCGGAGGGGCAGGCGCCUCAGGGUUUGUCAGCAACAUGCGCUCUUUCCUGUGGAUCCGGGUGCAGCAGUUCACCAACCGCGUGGUUCAGGUGCGUCUGUUUGCCCACCUGCACUCCCUCUCCCUGCGCUGGCAUCUGAGUCGCAAAACCGGCGACGUACUAAGAAGCAUCGACCGUGGAACUUCCUCCAUUAACAGCUUGCUCAGCUACAUAGUGUUCAGUAUCUUCCCAACCAUCGCCGAUAUUGUCAUCUCCAUCAUCUACUUCAUCACGUAUUUCAACGCCUGGUUCGGCCUUAUCGUCUUCAUCUGCAUGGUCCUUUAUCUCACUUUGACCAUCAUCAUCACUGAAUGGAGGACCAAGUUCAGACGAGACAUGAAUCAGCAGGACAACAACGCCAAGUCCAAGGCUGUGGACUCCUUGUUAAACUUUGAGACGGUAAAAUACUACAAUGCAGAGAACUAUGAGGUCAGCCGUUUUGAGGAUACCAUCUUAAAAUAUCAGGUGUCUGAGUGGAAAACCCAGGCGUCUUUGGCUUUCCUCAACCAAACACAGAACAUCAUCAUCGGAUCAGGCCUGCUAGCUGGCUCCCUGCUCUGUGCCUACUUUGUGACUGAAGGGAAGUUUCAGGUUGGAGAUUUUGUUCUCUUCGGUACCUACAUCAUCCAGCUGUACACCCCACUCAACUGGUUUGGAACCUACUACAGAAUCAUCCAGAAAUCCUUCAUUGACAUGGAAAACAUGUUCACACUAUUUGAAGAAGAAGAAGAGGUGAAAGAUGAAGUAAACGCAGGGAAUCUUCUCUACAAACUAGGAAAAGUGGAGUUUGAGAAUGUUUACUUCAGCUACAUAAGUGGUAAAGAGAUUCUCCAGGACGUUUCCUUCACUGUGCUGCCAGGACAAACAGUCGCCCUGGUUGGACCAUCAGGAUCUGGGAAGAGCACCAUCAUUAGACUACUAUUCCGUUUCUAUAACAUUCAGGGAGGCUGCAUUCGCAUCGAUGGCCAGGAUAUAUCAAAAGUGAAACAAACAUCUCUGCGAGCUCAUAUCGGCGUGGUUCCCCAGGAUACUGUGCUUUUCAACGACAACAUCCGUGAUAAUAUUCGCUACGGUCGCAUCACUGCCAGUGAUCAGGAGGUGGAGGAGGCUGCCAUAGCUGCUGAUAUCCAUGAUAAAAUCAUGACCUUCCCUGAAGGUUAUGAUACACAGGUGGGUGAAAGAGGUCUGAAGCUGAGUGGAGGAGAGAAGCAGAGGGUGGCCAUCGCCAGAACAAUCCUCAAAGCACCACAGAUCAUCCUGCUGGAUGAGGCCACAUCUGCACUGGACACACAAACAGAACGCAACAUCCAGGCCUCACUGGCUAAAGUCUGUGCCAAUCGUACAACAGUCGUUGUAGCUCACAGAUUGUCCACCAUCAUUGGAGCAGACCAGAUCCUGGUUAUAAAUGAGGGCCGGAUAGCUGAGCGAGGACGACAUGAGGAAUUACUACUAAAGGGAGGCCUGUACGCAGAUAUGUGGAUGCAGCAGCAGCAGACUCAGGACUCAGACUCCUCAUCAGACACUGAAGCCAAAGAUCGUUCGUCUGAGAAACUACAACCACCGUCGACUUCUUCAGACCACCACGGCCACUGAAUGUAUUUUUUUGUUUUGUUUUAAAAGAGAACUCUAGAUUUUAUUUCCCCAUUUUUAAGUGUAAAAAGUGAGUAUAUGAUUUAAGAGUGAUGGAACACUCAGCUAGAUGGAAAUGUUAUUUAUUUGUAGGAUUUUCAAACUGAAUGUGCAAUGACAAGUUAUGGAGAAGGGAGGGUGCCUUAACAAAAGUGUUCAAAUGUAUCAAAAGACAUUUGUUUUCUUAAGAACACCCCAAGAUGAUAUUUGUGAUUAUGGCCAAGGUUUUUAUGUAGGAACAGGAGCAAAACAGUCAAAUUAUUACUACAUCAGAUUCUUCUUUUCUAAUUCAAAUUGUAAUAACUUCAUUGCAAGCCUACAGAAUGAAAGGUAAUGUAUGUGCUGAGGAUAUUAUUAUUUUUUGAAGCACUCCUUCCACCUUUUUAAUUCUAUAUAUAUAAUAUAUAUAUAUAUAUAUAUAUAUAUAUUAAACAGACAUUUGAUUGUGCUGUCUAUUAGAAUAUUUAAAGAUAGAAAAGACAAGAAAUAAGGGAAUAGAAAUACUUUAAUAAGCCUCAACACUACAGUUUAUUCAGCUGAGGGAUAAUGAUUCUUUUUCCCACAUUACAUCAUAUUAAUUGGUAUACAAACUGGCAGGGAUUUUUAUUGAGCUUUGUUUUAUUAUUAGUAGUGGAUUUCUGAGCUCUGCUGUAAUUUAAAGUGAUCCUUUUUUAUGUGUAAGUCUCUGUAUAGCUUUGACCACUAAGGUAAAGUGGAAUAUUGUUGUGUUGUUGAAAUAGUCAUGGAUUAAUGAUAACACAAUAAGUUUUUACUGUUGUUUUAGGCCAACUACAUAUAAAUCUGUACAAUCUGUAUCUGCCUGUGGUUGGCAGUUAAAGCAAGUGGACCUUUCUCAUGGCAGGCAUUUGAUUUGGUUCAAGGAUGUAAUGGAGCCAGGUCAUUAGUUAGAUCUAUGCUUAUACUGCAUCAACAAGUCAAAAUCUGUCAUGAAAAAGAUUACCAUCAAACUCAAAGACCAAUGCAGUCACACCCACAUCUCACCUAAUGUAAUAUAUAAGUAUAUACAAUCAUACACAUUGUUUCUGAACAAGAAUUCGAUGUCUUACAUCUACCUCACAAAAGGUAUUGUUCAUGACUAUUAUAUUUUGUAAAUAAUCUGUUUUGUCUUGUGCUUAUGAACAAUAAAAGGUUUUUUGUA